AUGCCUAUCAAAGUCCAUUCCUACAAGCUGCCCCCGACGCCACUGAUCCCAAAUUCGCCCUACCCGCUCCUGCACUACCCAGGCCUGCUCAAAGACACCGUCACAGCCCCAGACUUCCGCCCAACACAGCUGCUAGACGUGUACGCGAAAAACGGGUGGCAAACCCAAUGGAUCGCAAAGUACGGCCCAGACAUCCAGUCGCACUACCACUCGACCACGCACGAGGCCAUGACGGUGAUAUCCGGCCUUGGCGCCACCAUCCGCUUUGGCGUCGCCGACUCGCCCUCAUGGGAGCCAGCCCUGUAUCCUCCGGGCGCGAGGGGCCCUGACGGUGAAGCAGGCGGCGUGGAGAUUGAGGCGCGCAUCGGCGACGUGUUUAUCAUUCCUGCGGGCGUGUCGCACAAGACAUUUGCACCGUCACCCGAGUCGCUGGAGUUGGCAUUCCACCAGCCACACGAUAUCGAGGCGGGAAAUGCACGAGACGUCAGUGCCGAGGCUGAGGCGCAGCGAAGAGCCUUCUUUGAGCAAGUGCGCGUAAACGGCGAGUUUAUGAUGAUGGGCGCGUAUCCGUAUGGGCGCGUGUGGGAUUUCAAGAUUGGAGGCGAGCAUGAGGGGAGGGAGGGCGACGUUUGGAAUCUGCCUAUUCCGGAGAGCGAUCCUGUGUUGGGCGAGAGUGGGGAGGGUCUUGUUGGGCUGUGGAGGUAA